AUGCCGGGGCUGUGGGAGCGGGCGGCGGCGGGCGGCGAGCGGGGCCGGGCGGAGGGCUCCGACUGCGAGUCGCUGGGCAGCGCCUCGGGCUCGGAGGGAGACAUGGAGCCCUCCCUGCCGGAGCUGGAGCUGCUGCACGACCCCGAGGACGAGCGGCUGUGCGGGCGGCUGCUGGAGGCGGUGCGGGCGGCGCUGGGGCAGGCGCCGCUGGGCGCCAAGCGCCGCUGCCGCCUCGUCAUGCCGGAGCCGCUGGCGGCGCAGGUGGGCGCCGAGCUGCUGCGCCUGGCGUGCAGCGAGCCCUGCGGGCUGCGCGGCGCCCUCCUCGACGUGUGCGUGGAGCGYGGGCGGGCCUGCCACGCCGUGGGCCGCGUGGCCGCCGACCCCACCGUGGUGCCCACCUUCCAGCUGGCGCUCGUGCUGCGCCUCGACUCGCGCCUCUGGCCCAAGAUCCAGGGGCUGCUGGCGGCAGCGCCCGCCCUGGCGCCCGCCUUCGGCCACGCGCUCCGGCUCGCGCCCGGAUUCAGGGUCAUCAAGAAGAAGCUCUACAGCUCCGAGCAGAUGCUCAUCGAGGAGUGCUGAUUGGUGCUGCCAAGAAAAGGAAGGAAAAAAGGACAAAAAAAGUAAAAAGAAAGAAAAAAAAAAAAAACAAAAAGAACUCCCCCACCCUGGCAGGAGCGUGGUGGCUCCCUGUAGUUUAGGCUGUAGGUGGAGGUGCCGCAGCCCCCCGGGGGAGCGAGGGCCAAGCCGAAGGCGCAAGAGGAGCGGGAUGCGUGACGGACACUCCACUACUGACAUGUGGGCAGCUACACCGGGAUGCCCUGGUGCGGGGGCCAUCCCAAAUCACGUCGUGUCACGGACCUGGGACACUGGUGGGCGAGGGGUGUGCGCCGGGGCCGAGGGCAGGACCCCUUGCGGAGCCCCUGGCGGCACUGUUUACACUAGUACACUUGAUGUUCAAGUGCGAAACUUUCUAUGCAAUUGUGCUGGUUGUUGCUGUUUUUUU